CCUCAUUGGGCUUGACUCACGUAAACAUUACCCCCGUUGCAUGAUUGGUUGAAAGAUUUCGGCGCGGCGUACUGUAACCAAUCAGCGAAUUGUUUUCCUGUCUCGGAAUGUAAUAAACAUCGCAGACGAAGAAAUAGUGAGGGAAAGGACAAAUAUAAACAAUUUCAGGACUAUGUGGAAUUAUAAACCAAUAUUUUAUUCAAUAUAACGUUAUUACUGUAUUAUUAUUAUGCACAACUAUUGCUAAAUUGAUAUCUAGCUUUUAAGAGAAUGGGGCCGUGUUGUGAUACGAAGAACACAGCUAGCUCGCGCUAGGCCUCUAGCUAAAUUUACGCGGAAAGGGAGGGCAAGUAGCUAGCUUGCUAACUGUUUAUAGGAAAUACUAACGUUAGCUAGUAAUUUGUGCAACGAACAAGUUAGCCAGUCACAUCUAAGCAAGCAAUUCCACUACCCCCUAACUAAUUUGUGGUUUAUUGCUUUAGCUAGUAAGCUAAUUGGCAAAAAUGAGCAAAAAAACUAGCUGCAGCAAAAAGUCUGCAGUCUCCGCACCGAAGAAACGAUAUCCGUCCCCCGAGCAGGCUGGUGAGUCCCCGCUUCCUAGUAAGUUAGCAAAAGUGGGCGACGAAGUGUCCAGUGAAUUACCAUCGAAUUCUCAUGGAAACAAAAAUGGGGAAGAUGGCGAUAAAGUAGCAGCCAAGGAAGAGAAGAAUGAUGGCAAUGGCGAGAGUGGACUAGAUGGGCAGAAGGGACCGGGGGAGAAAUUUAGUGCGACUGUCACUGCCAAUAACCUAACCAACGCUGAUGCACAUGUCAGAGCCGCCGAGAGUGCCCCUUCUUCGGAUGCACCAGUCUCUAGCGAUCCAAAGAAAGUAGACACCGAGGGAAGUGCUGGUGCUGAAGAUUGCCGACCCUCAACAUCACUUGAACAGUCUGAUUUGUCCGCAAUAGCAGCCGCCAAGGCACUUGCUAGUUUCACAAGAGCAGCUGCAGAUGAGGCUAAACAAACGCCCUGCUCCUCCAAAAAAGUUCGACAUCAUGAGAGACUGGGACACAAAGUUAAGCGUGGUGAACGUGAGUCCUCAAAGGAACGGUCAAAACCUGAAAGGGGUCGUCACACGCAGGCAGCAGCAGCAGACAGCUCUACUGCACUGCGUGGAGUUGACAGGGAGGAUGCUGAGGACAUGCCCGAUGAGGACGACGACUCAAUACCUGGAUCAUCCUCCACGCCAAGUUCCUUUUUCCCAUCAGAUAACGACGAUGACGGGGAGUGCGCCAUAGUAUCAGUGAAGAUGGCCCCAGAGAUCCGACAAUCAUUGGCCCUUCUGGCACAGGUACAGAUGAGGCUGGACGCUCUGGAGAAGAAAGGUGCGCGGCUCCACCAGCGGUUAGAGCUGAAGAUGAGCCGCCAGCGCCGUCCACAACUGGACCAGCGCAGCUCAAUCACACAAGCCAUCCCCGGCUUCUGGGUCACAGCAUUGUUGAACCACCCUCAUCUCUCUGCUCACAUUGACGAAACAGAUGAAGACGCUCUCAGUUACAUGACCAACCUUGAAAUUGAAUCCUUCAAGAACAACAAGCUUGGCUACAGAAUCGGGUUCCACUUCAGGCGGAACCCUUACUUCCAAAACCUCAUCAUAGUGAAGGAGCUCCACCUUGGAAUGGGAGGAUCUCCGGUGUCUUUCUCCGACCCCAUCCUGUGGUACCGCGGGCAGAACCUGACACUCCACAGUGAGCCCAGGAGAUCGGGACGCGGCAUCUACCAGACCUUCUUCAGCUGGUUCAGCGACCACACCAGUCCUGGCCGGGACGAUAUAGCACAGAUACUGAAGGAUGACCUUUUCAGAAACCCUCUGAGAUACUACCUGACUCCACUGUGGGAACCCAGGCAGAAUGGCAGUUCCAACAGCACCAGUGGGCCCAAGCCAGCUGACAACCGCAACAGGGAUGAUUGUGUGGUGAUCUCUGACUCGGAUGAUGAUGAAGAGCAGGCUGAAGAGCAGGCUAAGCCUGGAAGAGGUCGUAGCAGGGAAGAGGAGGAUGAAGGUGAGGAUGGGGGCCGAGAUGCAGGCUCUGAUGACAGCGACCAGGAGGCCAGAGAGGAUGAGGACUCAUCGUACAGAGAGAAGGAUGAAGAAGUGGAUGAAUCACGAGGUCGCGAGGUUCGAGGCCAAGAUGACGAGGAGGAUAUUGAGGUGGACGAAGAAGAGGACGAGUGUUAGAUUGUUCGUGCUUCCCAGUUUCCCUUUUUCUUAUUAUGCACAAAAUCUCAAUUAUUAUUAAUACAUUCUAAAUGCUUAACUGCAUUUUAAAAUCAGGGUCAAUUAAAAAAGCCAAGACACCAUGUUUUGACCUCUAUUGGUUGUCCCACCAAUUGGGUGCCUUUUGAGUACUGUAACUUGGUGAAAAAAAAAUACUUUUUGUUUCACCUUUUAAAAUUCUGUCAUAAAGAGCACAUGUUCAACUUAAUCAAACAUGU